AUGUCCUUGUGUGCCCACCCAAAUGUUGUCAGUUAUCACACGUCAUUUGUGGUAGGAGAAGAAUUAUGGGUGGUGAUGCGACUGUUAAACAGUGGAUCUAUGCUCGAUAUUUUGAAAAGAAAAAUAAAGGCGAUUGGUAAGGAACAAGCCAUGAAUGGUGUGUUGGAAGAGGCAACGAUUGCUACAGUAUUACGCGAAGUAUUGAAAGGUCUCGAUUAUUUUCAUUCUAGUGGACAAAUUCAUCGGGAUAUCAAAGUAAGUUUGUUGCUCAUUCUUUGUUUAUAUGGUAUUGCUUUUUCUCUUACCAUUUUUUUCUUUACCUUUCUUUUUCGCUUAUGA